AUGACGAUUCAAGUGACUGAGGGCCAUGUAUCCAACGGCAUGCUGGCUAAGGGGGAUUCCACUUUUCCGAUUCCCACAACUUUUGACGUCCUGAGCCGAGACCAUGUCUUCACUGAUAGUCACCAGAAGGUCUGGUGGGAGAGGACCGGCCGUCUGCUCGACAAAAUCCUAGCUUCAGCAGGCUAUAACCCCGCCCGUCGCUUGGAGGCUCUCACGUUUUACAUCAAGGUGCUGAUUCCAUUUUUGGGCCCACACCCGCAUCAAUUUCGCAGCGCAAUCACCCGAAGUGGACUGCCGCUGGAGUUCAGCGUCAACUACCAGCAACGGGGAGAUGUUGACCCCGUAGUUCGCAUCGGAUUCGAGCCAGUUGCUGCAGCGUCUGGGACAGAAGUUGAUCCCUACAAUCAAAUCCCAGUUGUUGAUCUCCUGAACCAGCUUGAGAUGCUCAAUAUACCGGGAUUUGACCCAUCACUGUUCCAAUAUUUCCUGGACGCUCAUACCGUCAAUGGCCACGAGAAAGGGCUGCUGAAGGAGAAGAAGAUUGAAGGGAGCGAUCUAACCUCCCAGAGUGCUUUUGGGUUUGAUCUAAAGGAAAAAGCUAUCUCAGUCAAGGGCUACACAUUCCCCGCUAUCAAAUGCACCCUUAACGAGAAAGGAUUUGGAAACUUCAUUUCUGAAUCAAUUCAGCCUCUUGUGGCACGAAUGGGCCCCAUCCCCUCGUUUGACAUGGUGAACUCUUAUCUGGAAGAGACGAAUGGAUAUAGCCAGUUUGCCUUUUGGUCGUUUGACUGUGUUGACCUUGCCCAAUCACGCCUCAAGCUCUAUAGCUCUCACAACAGCGUGGUCUGGUCCAAAGUACAGGAGAUAUGGACCCUUGGAGGGCGAGCCAAGUCGCCUGUUGUCCAAAAGGGUCUAAUGUAUCUGAAGGAGCUGUGGGAGUUAACUAAGCUGUCCGAAGGGCACCGUGAAUUCAAUGGCGGCUUCGACGAUGGCAAAGAUGCCACCGUGACCCCGAUGGUAUGGAAUUACGAGAUGAAAACUGGCGAGGCCACCCCACUCACGAAGUUCUACUUUCCAAUCCAUGGCGAGAGUGAUCAAAACGUUAUUAGUGGCCUAGCUCAAUUCUUGUCCCGUAUCGGGCUGACUAAGUAUGGUGACAAUUACGAGGCGACGGUACAGCACUAUUUGUAUGGCUUCUCUACUUCUCCCGUCCCUUAUAACAAUACUUUAAUUGCUAACUUUGACAGCCCCGAGAGAGACCUAGGCAAAACUGCUCGCCUGACAUCCUGGAUUUCAUUUGCGUACACGGAAAAGACGGGGGUUUACCUGAGUGUAUACUACCAUUCCUCUGAUGAGUAUCCAUGGUUGAAAUUAGAGGAGUGUAAUUGA